AUGUCGUUUUUUAAAAACCGAAGAUGGUACGGCAUGUUCAGUGCUCGUGAUCUAACAACCUGCAUACUGGAACAAGACGAACCAUCAAGAGUCAUUUCUGUACAAAUGCAGCUGGUGACAAUGCAGUGGUUAACAACAAAUCUGCGCGCAUUUCAUGCUGAUAUCAUCUCACAAAAUGUUCUGGAAAAACUUAUCAAGCAACACGUCAGAAGGGUAGAAUUUUCGCAUAUACCCGAUAUGAAUGAUCCGAAAGCUGUGAUUCCUCGAACAGCGAAACUGUACACAAAACAAGAGCCCUCCGAACGUUUCAUAUUAAUUUUAGAAGGUCGAGCUAUGGUCACAAUUGGGCAGAAUGCAAUGACAUUCGAGGCAGGUCCAUGGCAUUGUUUCGGUGGUGAAUUGCUGGAUCGAUUAGUGCAAAACGCCCAACAGCAGUGUGCCACUGGCACGUCAGCAAAUGCCCAACAACAACCACAGCAACAGCAUUCAUCCGUAUCAUUCUCACGCAACUCACUCUCCGGAAAUUCGCCGUCAGAUAACAGCAAAAAGCAAGUCAAUACGUUCGUUCCAGACUUCUCGGCAGUGGUUCGAGACGACUGCACCUACUUGGAGAUCACCGCGCAGACCUAUCUGCUCGCCUACAAGUCAACACUAAUCACGAAAGGAACCAGGUCACGUGAUCAAAUUUCACAUCGUUUCACAGUUGCUAAUUUAACCUCACUCGCAACAAAAACUGGGCGUGAAGAGUGUUGUUUGUAUGAUGUAGAGGACAGUGAUUACACUAAUUACCGACGUCAUCAGUCACAUCAUCUUCUCCGUAACAAUACGACCGCAUCAUUUCAAGCACUUAUGAUCUGA